AAGUUCCAACUUACUCUUUUUAGGCAUGCAAUGAGUCCCGCAAGCAUAUAUAUACCCUCACGCAACUUGAUGACUACAGCCGCCUUCUGAUGGCCAUCUCCGAGGGGGACAUCCCUCGACUUCAGCAGAUUAUCAAUGUCGCCAUGCGGAAUGGAGCCAGUAUCCGUGAGGUCGUCAACAAACUCGAGGAUGCACUGGAGGGCGCAUAUAGCCCUCGUGGUUAUGGUGCUGAAGACCUUGAUAUUGCUACUCUUGUCUUCCGACUCGGAGGCCGUCAGCUAUUGUUUGCGCUCAAUCACAAACUUGGACUUCCUUCCCUUCGCACCCUUCGCACUAAGUCGACAUUCACCUCUGUCAUGCCUACCAUCGGGCCUAUUCGGGAUGAGCAGUUCCACCAGAAUAUCGACUCUAUUGUACUUAGCUCUCACGGCGAUUCUUCACCCCGUCGUGGAGUUAGUCUUAUGAUUGACGAAAUAGCAUUAGAGGAGAUGGCAGUACACUUCAGCAAGUACAACAAAGUAGGCGGUCUUUGCUGGAAGCAUUCCCAUAUUGUAGAUCCCGUCCUUCGCACGUAUAACUCAGCUGCCGACAUUGCACAGAAGAUUCAUGAUGGUGAUGUCCAUCUGGGCAAGGAGCUCACCGUCAUCGGAGCCUCAUGCUUUGGUGAAGAUGAGAUAUACCCUCUUUUAGCUGCCCCAACCUGCAAAACAGAGGACGCUACCGACAUGGAAAAGAUCCUUGCUCGUACGAUUCGGUGCUGGAGUACAUCAGGCGCAGCUGCAAGAGUUGGACCAAUUUGGUCAUUUGCUACUGAUGGUGAUGCGACACGUCGCGCUGCAGGGCACAAACUCUUUCUCAAGACUUCUCUCUCUGAAGACUCACCCUUGUACGGUUCACUCAUCAACCUUGCAGGGCUGAACCUGUUCACUGGCGAUGGGGAGGUGACGCUUGAUUUCGACUUUAAACACAUCUUCAAACGUAUUUGCACGCUCAUACGGUCUCCAGCCGGGAUUGUCCUUAAUAACGGACGAGUCAUCAAUUCGAUGGUCUUGCUGCGUUACCUUGUGUGGUUGCCGGCCUAUGACGAGGAAGCUGUUAUAAAGCUCCUGUACCCAGACGACCCUCAAGAUGUCCCUCGUGCCGUGGAGCUAAUGCAGGCUAUCAUUGAGUUCUGCAAGCACCAACAGCAUGGCAUCAACAAUUCAUUUUCCACCGAUAUCGAUGCUCGCGCAGAUUUCAAUUCUAUCGCCCUCCUAAGCGCACUAAUUGAAUCAAUCCUCUCGCCUUUCAUUGAUGUCUCAAUGUCCCUGUCUGAUCAAAUGAAAUCCCUCAGCUGUUGCUCCCAUCUCGCAUUCGCAUUUUUCCACGCCCAUCGACGCUCUUUCAUGUCGUAUCAACUCUAUUAUGACAUCCAAACGACCAUUAAGAACGCAUUCUUCUGUCUUGCAAAGCAACAAUGUCUGGAUCCGCACGCACCUUUCUUUCUCGGCGACAUCGGAGAUGACCCACUCGAGCUCUUGUUCGGUCGCACACGUAUGAUCGGCGGUCAUAAUUCAGCGUUCUCAUAUGCUCAGGCUCUAGAUCGAAUUGGUGCAGCAAAGGAUAUUGACACCAUAUUCAAGCGACGACCAGAGCUUGAUCCUGGGCACCGCCGCCUCAAGCUUACACGACAGGAGGGGGUAGAUCAUAUCAAUCGUGAACUAUGGAAGGGUGAUAUUAUUGCAGGUCGCUGUGAUCUUCCGUUUUCGUGGCGUUCGGGCCGUGAAUCUGCCCUCACUAUCCUUUCCAAGUCACAGCUCGAUCCCAUUCAUUAUUCGUUCACAGAUCUUUUCAAUUCCGGCGAAAUCGACAUGCUCCGUCCAUUUGGAGAGAACAAGUAUCUCGGCAUCAACACAGAUGACAACCUCGAAGACACUAGUCGAGUUCCUAUCCCUUCUCCUCCUGCACCCACCCUUUUGCCAUCCUUACAGCACCUGGAGACAUCGUUGGAUGGGGACGCUUACAAUCUUCCAGCGUCUGGAGAGAUGGAAGCAAACGAAGAUGAUGAAUUGAUGCUUACGUUCGAGGAGCAACUCGUUGACGAGUCAUCUAUCGACUCUCCCUCGGCAGCUACUCGCUCGCAUGUCGUUCGAGAUCUGUCAGCCCCUCCAUUGCCCGAAGGCCCUGGAAUACGACCUGACGACUAUCUCCUCUUCAAGGGUCGCUGGAUUCACAAGCAGACGGUCUGCCGCCUUGUAAUCAACAAAGAUUUUGUGUCGAAAUCCCUUAAUCGCCUCGAACGCGUCCGAUCAGGCUACACGAAAGUUCACAAGAGGAUUGACAUGUCGGCUGGGAGAAUCACCAACCAGAACUUGUUUUUGGUUGGGGAUAUAUUCCUAACGCUUCUCCGUAGUGGUCGUUCUCUCUCUAUCGGUGCGCUUCGCUCGACAACCUUAAGUGUGAGCAACGUGUCCCGCCCAUCAAUAAAUGUCACCGUCAUGAAAGCAUCACGAACCACCGUCAAAAUUACUGGCCAACUCCUCACCAUCAUUCCAACUCAAGCCUCGCCUGAUAACGCAGUUUUGUUUCUGUGGAAUGGAGGAUACGUAACUUCUCGCUCGGCAAUUCAAGGUACAACGUCUGCGACAGAGCGCGUCAUCAUUGUCACUGUCCCUGGUUCACUCGUAGAACCAAUCAACCCUGAUCCCACUUUCAUUCGCUUACGAGACGACAUCAAUACGGACGACUUCUCUCAAGUCAACGGUGGCCAGAGCACUUGGCAGAUUGCACGAGAUGCUCUUCAAGCAGCAUGCGAUCUCCUUUGGGCCAAGGCCACCGAUAUGAGUGUCUCACUCAAUUCUAUCGCAGUUGUCGUCCCAUCAGAUCUCAAGGCGUUCCCGUAUCAGCUCGCAGAUGGUACACUAGCUAUUGUCUCCGUGGAAGCAACCAACCAACUCGCUGCAUCCGGAGGAGAACGCAUCACUACUUGCCUAUUAUGCGAAGCUAAAGUAUCCGGCAUGCGGCCUCAUAUGGGCCUUCAUAUUUUGCGAGCGUUGUAUCACAUACCGGAAGCCAACAUGAAAGACUCGGUUGGUACCAUUCUUCCGUGCGGGUUUUGUGGCCGAUCAGGUCGACCUGAGUGUGCUCUCAAGGUCAAAGUUGCAGCCAGCGGUCCUCUUAGCUGGGAGACGAAGUGUGUGUACAAGCACACAUUUAGAUAUGGCUUUGCGGACGCAGGCUCGGCGAACACACCAUCUCGCAAUGUACCCCUCAACUGCUACCUCUGCCAUCCCGCGCUCGUUCCUGAGCUUGGAAAGUCCAAGCGAAGAGCACGCGAGGGUUACGUCGAAGGUGUCUGGCGUUACAACAUGGUGGAGCAUAUCCUGGCCGAACACGAGGAGUAUGCGGUUCCUGGGCAUAGAGAGAUUGGCGCUGCUUUGCCGGAGGGUGUAUGGUUGACGAUGAAACUCGAAGAACUAGAGCAGAAGGCCGCAGGUAUUCCACGGGAGCGUUUCCAAGUGUCGCCUCCUCCAGCCAUGGUGACCAUGCACGACAAAGAGAAUCAUCCCGUUGCGUCAGGCUCUCGCAAACUCAAGCGUUCUGGAACACAGAUCGGUACUUCUCGCCCCUCGAAGAAAGCUCGCGCAGCUUCUAGCAGACUUCAAGUCAGUUUUUCGGCAGUCGCUUGAUAUUUUGCUUUGCACUUCACUAUUCCUCGUUGCAUAUCUCAUGUUCAGAUCACUCAUGCUUUCUACGUGUUUUCCGAACUGUACGUUCAUGUAUAUGUAGCUUGCUUGCGCUCGUUUGCCCCUCCCUUGUAUCAGUACUGGGACUUGGUUUGCAUUGAGAUUGCGUGACUAAGCUUCCAAAUA